AUAAAUUCACACCGUAGGAUAAUACGAUAGCAGAAAUGAUGCCGGGACUCUUGUGAAAAUCGCAAAGAGGACACUGGCGGACGUGGGUCACUCGGGUCUCUCGUAUUUGGCGAAGGUUCGGCGACGGAGGAGGACAAAGAGUGACCGUCAGGCAGCGGUGCGGCACAAGGUACCGAGUCCGGAGAACGCAACGAAUCAUGGUCGAAAUUCAAGGACGGUUCAAGACGACGCUCGUCCGAAAUCCCUACGCUGUUCCAGACGUCGCGCCACGCGAAGGAUCCUGGACUUCACGGGGUCCGAUCCUCGGCUCGAAAGUUUCCGUCGACGAUCCAAACUGGUACAAACGACUGAAAUCCCACGAGAGGCUCUUUGCUCAUCACACUUUGAACAGCGUACGGAAGGAUCUUCGCCUCGUGAGAACCAAGGUGCCGAACGACGCUCUGGACCUCGCGCUGAGCUCGAGCUACGUCCACAACGAGGAUUCGAUGGUACCGAAAGCGUACGUUUGCAUGCAGCCUGAGACAUUGAAGCAGGAAACGUGGCGUGUCCUUCGCAAUCAGAUUAAGGUAUACACGAAACUUCCACCGCGAAUUGGCGAGAACCUGUACUUUGGGGGUUCGAAAACAGACGACGGGGAGAAUCCGGGGGGUGGUAUCAAGCGAAGAAUCCAUCCCAGCAGCCUCAAGUUAACGAUCGAGGGGCCUCACACCGAUCAAACGAACCCUGGCUUCACCCGCAAAAUCGACGGAACCUUGUACAGCAUUUAAUUGGAUCAGGACGCUUUCGAUCGGAAGGCAGCAGACAUCGUGCGACGAGUGUAUCACGUACGAAAUUGGGCAUCUGCUUCUUCAUCUUCGCAGCACAUGUACCUGUAUGCAUACGAUAUAUGUCGGAAUUUGACGAUUGUCAAUAUAAUUUGUACAUCAGAGAGAAGGGCCAGGUACUAGAUUCGCUUGGUCGAAACGAUCGUCGUGAUUCAUCGUAAUGUACUUUCGAACAGGUCAAACAAAUUUUUCGUUCUACAUUCGUAUUGGGACUAGAGUUGUAAUGAGAAGGAAUUGUGUAUACGUUUUUUUCCUGAAACGCGGUAAAUGACAACUGAAAGAUAGGAAAGAGGAAAAAACUUGAAAAUGUGGGAGGAAAUUUCUGUACGAAUAUAGACAUUUUUAAGCUAACUUUUGGUUUUAACUUUCG